GGCCAUAAUAAAAAAUAAACCAUGUGAUGGUGAGUAUUCAUUCAUAUAUCAAUUUCACCCUCACCCUCCUCUCAUCAUUUUUUUUAUUAUUGUCCCUGACACUCCCACCUCAACAAGCAAGCCAAAACAAAUCAUUCAUCAUUCUAGAUUAGAUGAAGAAGAUGAACCAACACAUAACCAACCACGUGCAGAUCUAAUCUAGCACAUUCAAUGCAUUGUCACAAUUUCUAGAUCUUCCUUCUUCUCGUUCUCGUUCUUGUUCUUGUUGUUGCUGUUUUUGUUGGAGUGACAGUGGAAUCAAUCAACCAAACCAACCAUGAUGAAUGGUAGGAAUGGAAGAGACUCUCUCUAUGGAUCCAUCAACCAUCACCGACGAAGCAGCACCUUCAAUAAUCAUUCUAAUGGUGUUUCCAACCACAACAACCAUGAUGAUAACGCCCUUGAUCUAUUCUCCAACAACCGUCGGUCACUCUCUCUACCUUCUUCAGAUGACUCUUCUGAUGUUUCUGUGAAAUUGGGGAGACUCUCAGUCGGAGGAGCAAAGCCGGCUAGAAAUGGGAUUGAGGAUAUGAUGGCAUCUGUAGAAGGAGGAAAGCAUGAUUAUGAUUGGCUUCUCACUCCCCCUGGAACCCCGGUUUUUCCACCAUCAGAAAGUGAAUCACAGACAACCUUGGCGCCUCCGAGAAGAAGUUUGAGUAGAUCAACUUCUACCACUAAGGCCUCAAGGCUUUCGGUAUCACAAUCUGAGAGCAACAACAAUCACUCUAGACCAGCAAGAAGCAGUUCAGUGACUCGUCCUUCGAUCUCCACUUCGCACUCACAAUAUAACAACAACUAUUCUUCAAACAGAUCCUCCUCCACAAAUAUCCUCAACACAAGCUCAGCAUCAGUUUCAUCUUACAUUAGACCAUCUUCCCCGAUAACCCGUUCAACAUCUUCGGCAAGGCCUUCAACUCCUACUUCCCGCACAACACCAUCAAGGUCGUCAACACCCUCCAGAAUACGUACAGUUUCAACGAGCUCUACAACUGAAAAGCCUAGACCAAUAUCUCAAAGCUCAAGGCCUUCCACUCCUAGUUCUAGGCCUCAGGUUCCUGCAAACUUACAUUCCCCAUCUGCACCAUCAACUCGUUCGUUAUCUCGUCCUUCUACUCCCACUCGUAGGAGUUCAAUACCAUCUCUUUCUCCUUCCUCAGCAACAAGUUCUUCAACUUCAGCUGGUCGUGUUUCAUUGAACGGACGUAGUUCAGCACCAUCCUCACGGCCAAGCUCACCGAGUCCACGAAUCCGGCCCCCACCACAGCCUGUUGUUCCACCCGAUUUUCCCCUUGAUACACCACCAAACCUCAGAACAACGUUACCUGAUAGGCCAGUCUCUGCAGGUAGGUCCCGUCCUGGUGCCAACACUUUGAAGGGAAACAGUUCUGAAACUCAACCGUCAGUUAAUAUGCCAAGGCGAGCUUCGUCUCCUAUUGUCAGUAGAGGAAGAUCGACAGAACCUAUCAGUAAAAGUCGUGGAUUUAGCAACAGCAAUGGCCAUCAUACCGAUGUUCACGAACCUAGAAAAAUUUCACAUGCUCCUGAGGUAGCUGCAAGAAGAUCAGUUAAAGCCUCAACCAACGCAACUGACAACUCUGGAUUCGGGAGGAAUAUCUCAAAGAAAUCCUUGGAUAUGGCAAUCAAGCACAUGGACAUAAGGAACGGCUCAGGAAACCAUCGUGCACUAUCAAGCACUACACUCUUUCCACAAAGUAUUCGAAAUUCCACGCCCAAGAGUCAAUAUCAUCGCGGUUCAAGUGCUCCACCAACAUCUAUCGAAGCGAACGGAAACAUACUAAACAAAAGCAACGGAUCCCAUUUUGACGUGGUAAACGGAAUCAAUAGGAAUAUGGUAAAAGGAAGAGAGAUAGAUGAAAGACAAUACUCAGCCAAACUGAGUGAAAUUGACGUAUACGAGAGCUCUCGUUAUGACGCGCUCUUGCUUAAAGAAGAUUUGAAGAAUACUAACUGGCUGCAUAGUGUUGAUGAUAAAUUUGAUCAAGGCUCCUUAUUAUUUGAUAAUGGAUUUGAGAACCUACCUGAGCCUUUUGGUCUCUUAUAGUAGUAUCUGGUUCUGCAUGAAGCAAUUGUAACAUGUUAUUUAUGUUGUAAUUCUUAUCUCAUUUUCUUUUUUAGAAGGAUGGGAUGUUUCAAAUUAUAAAGCUCAAAGUGGAAAAGAAAGUAAAGAUGCAUUAUGUGUU